GCAAUAUCGCGAUGUUAGUCGCUAGGAGAUCGGAGUUGCUGGAAAGGCGGGAUCGACCCUCGAAGUUACUCCGAGCCGAGAUCGUCAUGUCAACUAUCUAUCACGGCUCUCGAUGGCCUUUCUCCACCUCCCUCUCAGCUUCCUGCUGACAAUCAGCUUAUCACUGCCACCUCGCCUUCUCGUGUCCAUUGCUCCUGUGAAUCCCUCGAUCUUGCAGUCGGCUGGAGCCGUGGAUCCUGCGCAGAUCCAAUGGUUCAUGCAGCUAAAGUGACAGUGUCCUUUCUCAUCUGCCUAACAUCUCCACUCUUUGCAGAGUACGCUGUCUUGCUACCACGAGCUGGUCUACCUAAUUACUUGGUCCGUUUGCUAUUUUCUUUUUCACAAUGGCCAGCGAUGCUGAGCCGUAUGGGUCCAUUGCUGCAUCGAUGCCAGAGUCCGAUACGGCUUUGGUGAUGAUUCUGUUGAGGAUCAACGUGAGUAGAGCAGAGCAC